AAAAGUGCUUGACAUGUAGUAGGAGCUCAAUAAACGUGUGUCUGCAUGACUAUUUGGGUGCAUAUAGGCAUUGAGCUUUGGGUGUGUAAUGGCUUGGUGCAGAACUUGGUGCAGGUGGAGCCCUGCUGGUGUGUUGUGGUGGGGAGGGGUACCCCUGGCCUGACACCCCUCACGCCCCUGUCAUGCCUGCAGACCUGGGCGGCUCUCACCUGUGCCACGGCCCGAUUGGGGGCUCCCGCAGCCCGAGUUCGUCCUACACGGUGGAGACGCCCUAUGGCUUCCACUUGGACCUGGAUUUCCUCAAAUACGUGGAGGAACUGGAGCGCGGCCCUGUCGCCCGUCGCGCCCCCAGCGCCCAGCUUGCACGCCGUCCCCGCGGGCCCCGGGUCGGCAUCACGGGCGCGCGUAGCCCAGGGGCCUGGACAUCCAGCGAGUCCCUGGCUAGUGAUGAAGGGGGAGCGUCGGGUGCACUCUCUCCGGGCGCACCCACUUGGUUCCUGCUGCCGCCGCUGUCGCCACGCGUGCCGGUGCGUAACCCGCACGUGGAGGACAUGCUCCUGGAGACCAGCCGACGUCUGGAGCUGGCGCAGGCGCACGAGCGCGAGCGCGAGCGCAGCCCGCGUGGUUCGGGCCGCAGCAGCCCAGCCCCAGGUUCCGCCCCCAAUCCCGCCCCUGCCUCGCCAGGCCCAGUGCAACUGCAGAUGGUGCGUGAGCAAAUGGCCCUGGCGCUGCGGCGUCUGCGCGAGCUCGAGGACCAGGCGCGCGCGUUGCCCCAGCUGCAGGAGCAGGUGCGCGUGCUGCGUGCAGAGAAGGCGAGGCUACUGGCCGGGCGCCGGCAGCCAGAAGACGGCCUGGAGGCCGAGGCGCGCCCGGACAAGCUCGCACAGCUGCGGCGGCUCACCGAACGCCUGGCGACUUCCGAGCGCGGCGUUCGCGCCAGGGCCAGCCCCCGGGCGGACGGCCUGGACGAGGAGGCUCUGAGGCGCAGCGAGGGCGCACUCCAGGUCCUUGACGGGGCGGCGGGGACCCCCGACCGGGCGCCCCAGACGCAGGAGCCUGAAAUCCAGGCCGUGCUGGGGACCCAAGAGGCAGAAGCCCAGGCAGUGCCGGAGACCCGGGAAGCCGGCGUGCAGGCGGUCUCCAAGACCCUUGAGGCGGACGCGUGGGUGACCGAGGCGCUGCUGGGACUGCCCGCUGCCGCCGAGCGCGAGCUGGAGCUGCUGCGCACCAGCCUGGAGCACCAGUGCGGGGUGAGCGAGCUCCUGCGGAGCCGGCUGCGAGAGUUGGAGGAGGCCCGAGAGGCUACGGAGGAGGCAGCGGCCCAGUCUCAGUCGCGCGAGGCUGCAACCCAGACCCCAUGGGGUUGUGUUGAGAAGUCCACGCAGACCGAGCCUUCCGCGGAGGUCCCUUACCUGACGCGGAGCCCAUCUGGACUCACAGAUGGGGACAGGGCCAUAGCGCCCGCGGGCAUCCUCAAAUCCAUCAUGAAGAGGAGAGACGGAACACCUGGCGCCCAACCCAGCCCCGGACCCAAGAGCCUGCAGUUUGUUGGGGUCACCAACGGAGAGUACGAGAGCUCAUCCAGUGAGGAAGACAGUGACAGCGAAGAUGGUGCUGCCGAUCCCCCGAGGAGCAGCUCCUGUGGCUCUGGGGAGGACAGCGGCCAGGGAUCUGACUCGGGCACCCCCGGCCCUUCCAGCAGCGGAGUCGUUCGGGACCCUGAGCCAGAGCCAGAGGCAGAGCCUCAGCCGGGUGCGCAGGGGAGGUGCGAACUGAGCCCGCGAUUGAGGGAGGCGUGCGCAGCGCUGCAGCGGCAGCUGAGCCAGCCCCGUGGAGUCGCCCGUGACAGCGGCGCUGCGCGCCUGGUGGCACUGGAGUGGUUUCGAGUGUCCAGCCAGCGCCGUUCGCAGGCUGAGCUUGUAGCCGGGGUCCUGCGGGCGGUAGCAUGCCUGGGACAAGAGCUGCUGGCCCACGUGGUGAACCUGGCCGACGGCAACGGGAACACAGCCCUGCACUACAGCGUGUCCCAUGGGAACCUUGCCAUCUCCAGUUUGCUGCUGGACACUGGAGUCUGCAAGGUUGACUGCCAGAAUCAAGCAGGCUACUCAGCCCUAAUGUUAGCUGCACUCACCUCUGUUGGGCAUGAGGACAUCCCUGUGGUCCAAAGACUCUUCCAAAUGGGCAACGUCAAUGCCAAGGCCAGCCAGACAGGACAGACAGCCCUCAUGCUGGCCAUCAGCCAUGGCCGACAGGACAUGGUAGCAACCCUGCUAGCAUGUGGGGCAGAUGUCAAUGUGCAAGAUGUGGACGGAGCCACAGCACUGAUGUUUGCCAGCGAGUACGGGCACCUGGAAACUGUCCGGCUGCUACUGGCCCAGCCAGGCUGCGAUCCUGCCCUCCUGGAUAAUGAGGGCACCAGUGCCCUGGCCAUGGCUCUGGAGGCUGAGCAGGAUGAGGUGGCUGCUCUGCUGCAUGCCCACCUGAGUUCAGGCCAGCCUGGUCCCCCGGUGAGUGUAGCUCUAACCUCAAGCAACAAAACUUUACAGCUGCACACUGUGCAAGGAUACCCAGCAUGCUCUAGGAAGGUCUCCCCUUCCUACUCCCUCAGGGGAAUAGUAGGAUGGGGAUCUGGGGGCUUCAUCUCCUAUGUGGGUGGGACACUUUCUCAAUUUUAUAGAUUGAGACUGAGGCCUGCAGAGGGAAAGGGACCUGAUCUAUGAUCAGAGGAGGCCUGGUAGAGUUUCUGUGAGUUAUUGCCCCCAAAGAGGCUCAUAGCAAAGGAGUUUAGGACCCUUUGUAGUUAAGCCUGGUUGGGGAAGAGGAUGCAGGCCCCCUGCAAGAAGGAGCUUCAGAAAUGAAGACUGGAUCAGUUUGCCAGCAGCCGGCAGGUAGGGAACACCCAGUGUGUCCCUCCAAGGGGAGAGAGGUAAUACUCAAAGCUACAUCAGCUUGCCCAUUCUCUCUUUCCAAUAGAGAUGUGGGAAAGGAGGCAUGGUUAAGUGCCUCUUCCAGGUCAGAUGGGGUAAAGGCAGGAUUCAAACCUAGGCAGCCUGGCUCCUGUGAAGGAGUUUUUCCUCAAGUUAAGCAUCCUUGAAUCUGUGGCAUCUGAAGUCCACAAGAGAUUGUGACAUGACCUCCACCACCUUUCU